UGAACCUUCGCAACGCAUUGGCUCUUUUCUUCUUCCAACCGAACCGCUACCACUAGGCCAUUCAUAAAGCCUCAAACAUUUUCCCCUCUUGUCGGUGUCGAACAGCGGAGAUUUCGGGCACCCACGUACAACUGAGAGUAGAGAUCUCCGAUCAAUCCAUUAACCUAUCAAUGCAGCUUUGGUUCCUGCAGUUUACAGGCUAAAUCUUAAUUUAAAGAAGAGAAAACAUUUGUUCUCUCGCUCCAGAAUACUAGAGGUUGACUUCGAAGUAAGAGUAACACUUUGGAGUUGUCAAGUUCACCAAAAUUCUCUGUGGUGAUUCUAAAAGUUAUUUAUUUAGGUAAGUGGGGUGCAAGGACUGACGUAUUGUUCAUCAGCUUGAUACCUGUUGGGCCUUAAAUACCAGAAGGUUCUGUCUCAAUUUUGAAUAUGAUUGACAUGACAUGGCUUAGUGUCAUGUUACUUGGAGCAGGAUGCCUUGCUUUGGGCUAUAUUAUUGGGAUACGCCAUUCUUCUCGCACUUUUCUUUCAAACAGAGCAUCUGGUGAUACUGAAACUGUAAUUGAUGGGAAAAAGAGAAAAGGGUUCAAGCAACCUCUUGAAUUUGAAAGGCUGGCUGAGAUCCUUGAAGAUUUUAAAAUGGUUUUGGUAGUCAGGAAUGACUUGAAGAUGGGGAAAGGGAAAAUAGCUGCACAAUGCAGUCAUGCAACUUUAGGUCUCUACAAGAAGCUCCAUAACAGGGCACCAAAGGCUUUAAAUAGAUGGGAGAUGUGUGGACAAGUGAAGGUGGUCGUGAAGAUUGAUAGUGAAGAUGAUAUGUUGGUUUUGCAAGAAAGAGCAAAAUCAAUUAAUAUACCAACACACAUUACAAUUGAUGCUGGGAGAACCCAAAUUGCACCAAAAUAACUUAAACCUGAAAGGUUGAAAAUAGAUGGUUGUUGCAGUUGGUAGAGGGAAAAGCCCGCUGUUGAUAAAGUUUUGAACCAUGCACAGUUGGCCCUCGGGAAUUUCUUCGUUUCAAAAGAAAUUUAAAAUAAAGAUGGUUGUUACAGUUCCCAACAGCUUGUUAUGUGGUGCGUCUACCAAACAUUGUAGCUUCCUAGAUGUGUAUGUUUAAGGAAGUGUGACUUCAUCUUCUCGUGGUGAAUACUGGCAAUAAAGCUUGAUGUUUGUUGUUUAAGUCGGUGUAUUCUUGCCUAUAUUAAUUGGAAAGGCACAGAUUUUUCAAGCAUAAAUGUCCCUGUUUACUUUCUGUACUAGAUAUCGUUCCUUUUCAAGCAACGUCUUACCUAUAUCAAAGUAAUAACAUUAGGUGGUAAAUAGACUGGAAUGUUACAUGCGUAGACCUUAGGACUAUUGGGAGCAGUCAUUAUAACGUGAAUACAACUCUGGGAUGCAUUAGUGUUUGUUAUUCGUUAAGUGCUUGUUGGAGCGAUAAGGUGCAUUUGUGACCAUUUACUGCCUAGACAGGAGAUUUUACUUGCCAAUGAAAUGAUGCUGAAGACCUUAGGACCACUAGACCGCAGGAAGCCAGGAAUAUUGACAAAGACAAGAACAUCAAUCACAGACACUUAUUCCUUACUCUGCUGUUUUCCAAUGGAAUGAUGCUGAAGUUUGUCCAAAAUCAGUCACCUUUUGUUCAAAGCUCCUUGCUGUAUGUACUGUGUCUUGAAAAGUAAUGUUUCUGUCUACUCUGAUAUAAUUAGGCUUGGGAAAGAAUAAUGUAAUUCCGAACGACUCUAUACAAUGA